AUGAAGAACAGUUCAGAGAUUUGUAAUCAAAUGACAUAAUGCUAAAGCAAUAGUGAAUUUUAAAAAGUUUCUCUUGUAAACUUAGCUCAAAGUGCAUAAGUGAAUUCUCCUUUAUAAGUGAAUGUUCUUUUAAAUUCGGUUCCUAUCACUCCAAACAAUGGAGACCAGGCUGAUUUAAUAUUAGAAAUAGGUUUGCCUAAGGUGUUAACAAGAAGAAUGACUAAGUAUUGAUUAGAUAGAUAAAAAUAGAAAUGAUUAUUUGACAACAGCUGAUGGUCAUAAAACAAAGCAAGAAGUUUUUUGCAAUAAUUGUCAAAGAAUUAACAUGACUAGACUUGAAACUGAAUAUGGAUUAGGGGCAAUUUAAGUUACCUGCUUACUAAUAUUUCUAUUUUGGCCACUUUGUUGGUUGCCUUGUGUUCUAAGAUCAUGUAAAGAUAUAAUUCAUUAUUGUCCAUUUUGUAAUUAAGUUGUAGGAAGAACUCGUUAUACAUUCUGUUGA